AGAAACUGUGUCUUUACAAGGCUCUAGAUAAGAUUUAUUCACAGAAUCAUAGAAUAUGCUGAGUUGGAAGAAACCCCACAAGGACUGUAGAAAUCCAGCUCCUGGCUCUGCACAGGACACCCCAAGAAUCAUACCAUGUGAGCAUUGUCUGAACACAUCUUGAGCUCUGUCAGGCUGGUGCUGGGAAGCCUGUUCCAGUACCCUGAGUUUUCAGGACUCAAUUCAGUUGCCUAAAACUCAGCAUUCAGUUAAAUUUGAGAUACUCUUCCAGCCACGGACACAGGGCUGGCAAAUCUGACACAGCAUCUUCAGAAGACUGAUGGCCUUGUGCACCACACCUAAAACACCUGAAGACAUUUUAAAUGCCAUGAUACCCCUAGCUAUAGGCCAUGAAACCACACUCAAUGCUGUAUGAAUGCUCAGCCAGUGCUAAGCUCAUGAGGUAGGCUCAGAUCCUGAAAUGAGAAAACAUCAGAUUCCUUGGCCCUGAGGGUCUCCUGAGCAGAACAGAUAUUACAUUAAUGGGGAAUGGACUGGAACUCAUGUCUGACCUGGAAGCCACUUAAGGUGUCUGGAAUGAAACUAUACAACUUCAUGUGGACAACUGAAUCUGCCCAAAUUUAUGUGAGCUGAGUCCCACUGUGUUCCACCUCUAUAUUCAUACAUCAGUGCUCUGCAAAAGCCACAGAGAGAACACGUAGUGGGGCAGAGCCUGCCUUCACGCCACAGCAGAUGACGCAAAUUCUCACUAACGCUUCUGCUGUAAGGCACAUCACUGAGGAGGGCUUCUGUCUUUGUCGUGGUUACAAAGUCAAACACCCUUAAGAGGAAUAACCAAACCCACAUCCUCUUCAUUUAUGCAUAUAUAGAGAUAGAUAGGAAGAUAGAGGUAUAUUAAACAGUGAAUAAGGAGGAACAUCAGACAAAUCAUGGGUGCUUUCCUCCAUCAGUACACCUUUCUUGCUGCCAUUCUCCUGGUAAUUCAUGGAGGUUUGUGUGCGGAUAUCAUUGGAGGACAUGAAGUACAACGACACUCUAGACCAUUCAUGGCACAAAUCAAAGGUCGAAGAGGAGGUGUUACUUGUGGAGGAGCUUUAAUCAAGGAAAACUGGGUGUUAACAGCUGCACAUUGUAAAGAGAAAAGAGGCAAAGUUGUUCUUGGAGCCCAUUCGCUGCAAAACCGUGAAAAAGACCAGCAGACUUUUCGGAUCAAAAAUUGGAUUCCUCAUCCACACUAUGACCGCAUCACCAAGGAAAAUGACAUUAUGCUGCUGGAGCUUCGGGGAAGAGCAAAACUUAAUAAAGCUGUGAAACCAAUUCCCCUGCCUACCUCAGAGGAUGAUCCCAAACCAGGAACAGUUUGCACAGUAGCAGGAUGGGGUACAACUACCAAUCCUCCGUACACAUUGCCUAAAGCCCUGAUGGAAGUCAACAUCACUGUCAUCAGAAGGGAAAUCUGCAAUAAUAAAAAUCAUUAUAAUGGCAAACCUGUCAUAACAGAGAACAUGAUAUGUGCAGGGGCUAAGAAUGGAGGAAAGGACUCUUGUAAUGGGGACUCCGGUGGACCUUUAAUAUGCAAUAAUGAGAUGAAAGGCAUCACUUCAUUUGGGAAGCCAAAGAGGUGUGGCGAGGCUAAUAGCCCUGGUGUCUACACUCGACUCACAAAGCAGAAACUUAAGUGGAUAAGGAAAACCAUAGGGGGGGCCUGACAGAUUGGGUUUGGGCCACGUGAUUUGUGUAAAUGAAACAGGUUUUUAAAAGCAGCUUCAUUAGUCUGGUGAAAGAGCUAUUCUCACACUGAAUUUUGGCAGCUUGGUGCAGUUCUGCUACAACAGCAUUUAUAGCUUAUACUGUCAGCCAUGGAGUCAUCGUGGGUAUUUGGGGCUGAGGAUUCCAACAUCCCAGUAGUGCCUGUUCACACUGAGCUCUACAUGGAUUGAUAUUUCAGAACAAGAAAUCUGUUUGGGUCCUCACUGCAUUUAGAGUAGAUACAGCACUCUUCUGUGCCUGGACUUCCACAAAUACCCUGAAAGUUAGUGGCGUGCUAGAUAAAAGUAAAGACACCCAAAAAACUUUGUUUGUCUCAGGCAAAGCUCCUGGUUUUAUAGGUGUAGUGGACUUCUAAGCUUCAGAAAAUGUAUUUGCAGCAACUGUGGGACAUAAGUAUUCAUUUUCUAACUGUCUUGUACUUGAGAC